AUGAAUAAAAGGUUCAUGGAGAGCCGUGGUUACACAUUCAGGAGCAGCCUGGGAGAAGGCAUGUUUGGCAAAGUUGCGAGUGCCUACUCAACCCGCCUGAGGAAAAAGGUUGCCAUAAAGGUUAUAGACACAAAAAAGGUGCCUUCCAGUUAGGUGGAAACGUUUCUGUGUCGGGAAAUGGAGAUCAUCAGGACUUUGAACCAUCCCAACAUUGUCAAGACUCUUGAAAUCUUCAAAUGGCACACAAACAAGGUCUAUGUGGUGAUGGAGUUCUGUGUGAAAGGAGACCUCAUGAAGCAUAUCAGAGUCAAGGGGGCCUUAACUGAAAAUUCAGGCUGUAGGCUUUUCACACAGCUGUGCAAUGCACUCCAAUAUCUUCACAACAGUGACGUGGCCCACAGAGACCUUAAAUGUGAAAACAUGCUGCUGGACACACAUUUUAACCUCAAACUGUGUGACUUUGGGUUCAGCAAGAGGCUCACUUACGCAGACGGGCGGAUGAUGCUGAGCAAAACCUUCUGUGGCACCUCGUCCUAUGCAGCACCUGAGAUUGUGAGAAGUUUACCAUACAACCCCAAAGUGUCUGAUGUGUGGAGUUUGGGUGUUGUGCUGUAUAUGAUGCUCCAUGCUUCAAAGCCCUUUGAUGCCACCAACAUAAGGAGGAUGUUGAGAAUGCAAAUUCAGCGUGAUAUCAAAUUCCCCAACAUUCCUUCUGUUUCGUCUGACGCAAAAGACCUCAUCCAAAGGAUUUUGCACCCUAUUGUGGAGCACCGGAUUACAAUCACCGACAUAUUGCAGAGUUCCUGGAUGUUGCGGGAAGGGAAAAUAGAGGACAGUGAGGAGGCCCUCACAUCAAACGCCGGCUCUGGAAAGAAAGGACCCCCAGAUGAAAAGGCCAAAGAGGAAGAGAAACUUCCAAAAGCCAAUUCAGAACCAGGGGAGGAACCAUCAUCUGCUGUCCCAAGACACUGA